AGGAAGAACACCAGCGGGGAUUUUGUUUUUAGUCUCCUUGGCUUUUAUAGACUGUCAUCAUGCUUAAGGAGCUAUAUGCGGGAUUUAAUUUUAAGGCCUUUGUAGCUGAGCUAGUAGCAACCCUCAUAUUUGUUCUUGUUGGCCUGGGUUCAACGCUAUCAUGGUCAGGAGCUACGCCAACUGUCUUACAAAUAGCCUUCACUUUUGGCUUGGGAAUAGGUACAAUGGUACAAGCUAUGGGCCACAUCAGCGGGGCCCACAUUAACCCUGCUGUAAGUGUAGCACUUCUCGUUGGGGCCCGAAUAUCUCUGGUCCAGACCUUUUACUAUGUGAUCGCUCAGAUGCUGGGAGCUGUGAUAGGAGCUGCUUUACUGUAUGAGUUUGCACCACCUGAAGUUAUUGGAGGAUUUGGACUGAAUCAGCCAACUAACAAUACAUCACCCGGACAAGCACUGGCUAUAGAAAUCAUUCUUACAAUGCAGCUGGUCCUCUGUAUCUUUGCUACAACGGACAGCCGGAGGACGGACAACAUUGGUUCUCCAGCCAUUUCCAUAGGACUGUCAGUGGUACUGGGACACUUACUUGGGAUUUAUUACACUGGAUGUUCCAUGAAUCCAGCACGGUCCUUUGCUCCAGCUUUGAUUAUAGGAAACUUCAAUUACCAUUGGAUUUUCUGGGUGGGACCGAUAACAGGAGCAAUCUUGGCAUGCUUGAUUUAUGACUAUGUCUUCAUCCCUCAAUCAAUAAGCUCCAGUGAAAGACUGGAAAUCCUACGUGGCAACAUUAUGCAGGAAAAUGAAAAAGAAGAGAGACGGAAACAAUCUGUAGGCCUCAAUUCUCUUUACAGCCAAUCAAAUAACAGGGAAAAAAUGUGAAAUCCUAUUCUGUAUUUUUUUUGUCAUUUUUUUUGCAGUGGAUAUAUUGUAUUGUACAGAAUAUUUUGAGAUAUUAACAAUGGUUAUAUAGUUUGGUUACAGAUUAUAUGGCUACACUGCUACAUGUCAGACAAUGCCAGCUCGCCUGUA